ACGCCCACUUGCCCAAGAUGCAGCAAGAAGAGGAACGGGUGGUGUACCGUCAGUGGGGAGACAGCGGGGAGGACGACAUAACGAGGCUGCCCAGGGACUGGGAGGCACGGGUUGCAGCUGACGGCAGAGUCUUCUUUCUCAACCACGAGUCGAAGACCACGUGUUGGGACAGCCCCCUCAAUAACAAACGUUAUAGGGUCGACAGAGGUUUGCCAUACGGCUGGCAGAAAUACAAAGACGAAGAGGGUGCUGCACACUACGUUGAUCACCUGAACCAGUUCUCUUGUCUGGUCGAUCCUCGUCUUCUGACUGACAAUGUAUUUGAGCUGCCCUCAGUCUACCACAUCAAGAAGACCAACACCAUGGCCACUCGGUUCAGACCCCUCUCUCGAGCGACCUCUGUCAUGGAGGGCGUGGACCUCUCUCGCAGGGUGGCCAUUGUCACCGGAGCCAAUUCAGGACUCGGAUUUGUUACGGCACUGCGUCUUGCUGAGAAGGGGGCUCAUGUGAUCCUUGCCUGUCGUCACAUGACACGUGCCUCUACAGCCCUCACCAAGAUUCAAAACUUAGUGCCGGAUGCCAAGGCCGAAGUGAUGGAACUCGACCUGGCCUCUCUGCACAGUGUUAGGGAGUUUGCUGUCUCGUUCCAGAAACGGCACCUCCCUCUCCACAUUCUGGUUCUGAAUGCGGCCGUGUUCGGCAUGCCACUCGCCAGGACAGUUGACGGGAUCGAGACGCACUUUGCCGUCAAUCAUCUCGCCCACUUCCACCUGGCCAACCUCCUCGCCGACAAUCUCCGAGACUCCGCCCCCUCCAGAGUUGUCGUUCUGGCCUCCGAGUCUCACUGGUACACGACCGCUGAUCCUACAGUUCCUCUCCACAUCUCCACACUUCCACAUCCCCCAAAGCACACAUACACCGCAGUCACUGCCUACGGAGCCUCGAAGCUCUGCAACCUCCUCUUUACCUUUGAGUUCCACCGAAGAUUCUCAUCCGAUGGAGUCUGUUGUCACGCAGUACACCCCGGUAACCUCCUAGCAACCAAUCUCACCUGGAAUGCGGGAAUGUUGUACAGGAUCUCGGUGCUCUUGGCUAGACCUUUCACCAAAUCACUCGAGCAAGCAGCAGCCACAGUCCUCUACUGCGCUGCCCACCCAUCCCUGGAGAGAGUGAGUGGACUGUACUGGUACGAGUGCCAGCCAGUGGAGCCUUCGCCAGACGCCCUGGACCCAGAGCUAGCCGACGGUCUCUGGGGCUUCAGCCACCAGCUCAUACACGAGAGGGCCCGACUUAGUGACAGCUCCAGUAGUGAACCUUUGUGAUGAACAUUAUGUACAAACACAACUCACACAUCAAGUCAAUUUUGUUUGUUCACUACACUUUGUGUCAAGCUAAUGUGUAAGGUCCUAUUUUGUACUAUAAAGGUUCCUGAGUGAUAUGUUCAAUAGAUAAUCUUUCUCGGCGGUGAGGGUUUAAAAAUGAAGUGAAUAAAACCAGUGCGGUAUUUGAAUUGUCAGUUCAAUGAUCAGUUGACGGUCUCCUCUGUGUUCGCAGCUGUGUAGACGACACUGUCCCUCUCUCCUCCCUUGUCUCUCUUCACUUUCCCUCUGUGAGAAACCCUCCUCAGCAGCUCCUUUCCCUCCUCCUCCCCCUCACUCUCCUCCUCCUCCUCUCCCUCCUCCACCUCCUCCUCUUUCCCCUUCUCGCUCUUGACAUAGUAGCGAACCGGUCGACUCUUGAAGAGAAAUACGAUACUCAGAGCAGUGCUCACGACACACAGGAGUGCGACGGUUGUCAACAUUGGGUUGAGUCGGUCAG